AACUUCCUCAGUAGUGGAACAAAAAGUAGCCGGUGAGCUGCACCGCCGAGGUUUGACUGAGAAGAAGUCAAAGAUUUGGAGCCGCUGGAGUGGAAAGUGAUCGUGUUUGCCCCUCGUCACUCGUGGUGAACAACACAUUACAAUGGCUGACCGGUUUGACUGUGAUAACUGCAAAGAAUCCCUAUAUGGCCGCAAGUACAUCCAGUCAGAUGACAAUCCCUACUGCAUCCCCUGUUACGACAGCCUGUUCUCCAACACCUGUGAUGAGUGCAAAGAGCUGAUCGCUCAUGAUGCCAGAGAGCUGUUUUAUGAGGACCGGCAUUACCAUGAGCAUUGCUUCCGCUGUUUUCGCUGCGACCGUUCAUUGGCAGAUGAACCCUUCACCAAUCAGGAGGAUGCACUACUCUGCAAUGACUGCUAUUGUAAUGAGUUUUCCUCAAAGUGUGUUGCCUGUGACAAGAUAGUCAUGCCAGGUACAAGGAAGCUGGAAUAUGCCGGCUCCACAUGGCACGAAGGCUGUUUCAUCUGCCACAGCUGUGAGCAGCCGAUUGGAUCAAAGUCGUUCAUCCCAGAUAAGAAUGAACACUACUGUGUGCCCUGCUAUGAGGACAAGUUUGCACCACGCUGCACGCGCUGUCAAAAAACUCUAUCUAAAGGUGGCGUGACCUAUCGGGACGAACCAUGGCAUAAGGAAUGUUUUGUGUGCACUAGCUGUAAGACACAGCUUGCCGGUCAGCACUUCACCUCCAGAGAAGACAGCCCUUUCUGCCUCAAGUGCUUUGGCAGCCUGUAUGCCAAGAAGUGUGAAGCCUGCAGCAAACCCAUCACAGGUUUUGGAGGAGGAAAGUACAUCUCAUUUGAGGACCGGCAGUGGCACCAGCCAUGCUUCAACUGCACUCAGUGUUCUGUGUCACUGGUGGGCACCGGAUUCUUUCCCGACGGCGACCGCAUCCUCUGUCGCACCUGUCACAACAAUCUAUAGAGUAUUUUGUCAUCCUUCACUCUUUCACAGCUCCUUGCUGCAUUUCCAGAAUCCAGUCAUUUCUGAGGAAGGCAGCCCAACCUAAAGAAUCCCAUGUCUCAGGUCAUAUUUAUUUAUAGACAUGUCUGGAGCAGAAAUUGGUCCAAAAAACAGUUAGCAAAAUCCUGUUGGAUACAGAUUGUCAUUUUGUUAAAUGCAUCACUUAUUAAGGUUAAGAUGUGCCUUAAGAAUAAAAUGAGUUACACUAUAAUAACUCAAAGAAAUUCAAAAUGCUAGUCAUUUUGGGAGGGGAAAAUGUUUAUUAUUUUUAAUAAAGUACUUUCAGAUAGAAUCAAGGCUCUGAAAAGCAUAUACAAAAUAUUAUGAAGUCCUACUGUCUGUCUUUUGAUAAAAUUUUGCCAUUACCUUCCUACCUUUUUAUACAUUUUGAUUGUUGCUUUUCUUCAAGAGUCACUUACCUUUCUAUAGUGUUUGUCUUGCAUAGUGCAGUAAGUUACUGUAUUUUUAUGACACACAAAAGGACAGUAACACUGUUGUAAAAAGUGAGAACAAUAUUUUUGAGGCAAAAUAUGUUUGAAAGUUUAAAAAAAUGAAAGUUUUUGAAUGCAUUGUAAAUCAGUGGGGUAUUCUGCUUAUAAUCACGAUCAAUAAAGUCAUUUGCACUU